AAGGCCGUUUUGGAAUAAUUAAUGACGUCACGCUGUAAACACGGCUGACGCUCAGCUGCGUGGCCGUGAGCAUCCUCUCAAGAGCCCGAGAGCCUCUCCAGGUUCCCGCUGUGUUUGUUGCUCGACGGGACCGGGCGAAAGGUACUGAAAUAGCUGCGGUUCACCUCGACUCUCAUAUGCGGUCUCCAAAACCAAGGCGACGUCGCAUUUGUCCCGCUAAGUGCCAUGGCUAGAAACACGGACGUCCCCUCCUCACACUACGGUGAGCCACGCAAGUUUGACCCAAACUUCAGAGGGCCUGUUCAUAAAAGGAGCUGCACUGAUGUGGUGUGCUGUGUUAUAUUCAUCGUUGUCAUCCUGGGCUACAUCGCGCUGGGCACCGUGGCCUGGUUCCAUGGCGACCCCAGCAAAAUUGUCUAUCCCACCGACAGCCACGGACACUUCUGUGGCCGCCAAAACACCCCCAAUGCAAACAAAUCGAUAUUAUUCUACUUCAACAUGUUGAAAUGUGCCAAUCCUGCAGUUUUGGUUCACCUCCAGUGCCCUACAACCCAGCUCUGUGUCUCCAAGUGCCCUGACAGAUUUGCAACUCUACUGGAUUCGUGGAAUACCAAUAGCUGGGAAUACUACAAGCAAUUCUGCAGGCCGGGCUUUGAUAUUAGUAGUAAGUCCAUUGUAGACGCCAUUCAAGAUGAAGACUGCCCAUCAAUGAUUGUGCCAAGCAGACCCUUCCUUCAGCGGUGCUUCCCUGAUUUCAUUACAAGAAAUGGAAUUUUAACUGUAGCCAAUAAGACCAUCUUCAAAGACGGGGAGAAUCACGAGCGAAGUGUCAAGGACCUCAAAGAUGCCGCCAACCAAGUAACAGCCGUGCAACAAGCAGUGGACAGAAGUAUCUCCAGCCUGCUGAAUGCCAAAGAAAUUGGCAUUAAGAUCUUUGAGGAUUAUGCAAAUUCCUGGGACUGGAUCCUCCUUGGUCUGGUGUUCGCCAUGAUGGUCAGUCUGGUCUUCAUCCUCCUGCUGCGCUACAUCGCCGGUGUGCUCCUGUGGCUCAUUGUCUUCGGGAUCCUCGUUGCAGUCGGCUUCGGUAUCUGGCACUGCUACUGGGAGUACAGCAUUCUGAGAGGGAAGCCAGGUGGAAAUGUCACCAUCUCUGACAUCGGCUUCCAUGCAGACUUCAGCAUUUACCUUCAGCUCAGCCAGACGUGGCUCAUCUUCAUGAUCGCGCUUUCUGUGAUUGAGGGGAUCAUUUUUGUUAUCCUGAUAUUUCUGAGGACGAGGCUGCGCAUCGCCAUCGCGUUACUCAAGGAGGGCAGCAGGGCCAUCAGCUACAUCAUGUCCACUCUCCUCUACCCCAUCAUCACCUUUUUCCUUCUGGCCGUCUGCAUCGCCUACUGGCUCGUCACAGCAGUCUUCUUAGCAUCAUCGGGUAAUGCAGUCUACAAGGUCACAGCUGCUGAUGAUAAAUGCAUGUAUGCCAACCUUGCAUGCAGUCCAAAGACCUUCAGUCAGACCAAUAUCACCAAAGUGUGCCCGGGGUCACAGUGCAUGUUUGCCUUCUAUGGUGGGGAAAGUGCGUACUACCGCUACAUCCUGGUCCUCCAUCUCUGUAACCUGUUUGUGUUCCUCUGGCUGGUGAACUUCACCAUCGCGCUGGGUCAGUGCACCCUGGCAGGGGCCUUCGCAUCCUACUACUGGGCCUUGGAGAAGCCAAAAGACAUCCCUCCAUGCCCCCUCGUGUCCUCUUUUACCCGAGCCUUACGCUACCACACGGGUUCUCUUGCCUUCGGUUCUCUGAUCCUCUCUGUGGUGCAAGUGAUCCGAAUUGUUCUGGAGUACCUCGAUCGCAAACUGAAAGAUUCCCAAAACGGGUGUGCUCGAUUUGUGCUCACCUGCCUCAAAUGCUGCUUCUGGUGCCUGGAACGUUUCAUCAAGUAUGUGAACUCAAACGCAUACAUUAUGAUAGCAAUAUAUGGGAGGAACUUCUGCACCUCUUCCAAGGAUGCUUUCCACCUCUUGCUGAGGAACAUUCUUCGGGUGUAUGUCCUGGACAGGGUGACCGACUUUCUGCUCUUCUUGGGGAAACUGCUUAUUACAGGAAGUGUCGGUGUUUUGUCAUUUUUCGUCUUCACACAUAGAAUACCCAUCUUUGAGGAGGGGGUGCCGUCCCUAAACUACACCUCGGUCCCCCUACUGACGGUGAUAUUUGGAUCCUACGUGAUUGCACAUGGCUUUCUUAACGUGUACGCCAUGUGCGUGGACACGCUGUUCCUGUGCUUUUUGUGGGACCAGGAGGCGAACGACGGCUCUGUGGAGCGGCCCUUCUACAUGAACAAAACCUUGCAGCGUAUCCUCUGCAAGAGAAACGACGGCACCAGCGCCCGGCGAUAAGAGAAAAAGGCCGAAAUCCUCAUUCACCAAAGCUCGGGGCGAGCACCACGUCGUGCCAAAUGCAACUCCGGUGCACACAAUGGAUAAUACAUUCAUCCACAUGCAAAUGAUUAACGGCCUUGAAAUUUUGUUAUUUAUAACUGACGCGGUUUGUGUACAAAAUGAUUUUUUAUUGGAUGGUGUACAAUGUCGCACAAGUUCUUGUAAAUAUGUAUUUUUUUAAUGUUCUAGUUCUAAGGGAUAUAUAUUAAUAUGUCUAGCCACAGCCGUACUUCACACUAAGUUCCUAUUGGAAUCUGUGAUUUCUUUCUUUAUUGAGAAUGUGGUAAAUGUCAGCUCUUUUUUUUUUUUACAUUUAAUCUCUUGUGGUGGUCGGUUUUUCACCGCUUAGUGGGGCCAGUCAUUAGCAGACGUGUGGAGGUGUAAAUGCCAAAGCAUAUCUAACUAGUUUUACAAUUGAAAUGGUAAAACAAUGCAGUUUUUGACCUUGUAUUGUCUCACAUUGAGAAACAUGUUUGCGUCCACCGUGGUUAUAAUUACAAGGACAUAAUGGCACGGCAGUUCAAAGUGCUUCAAUUUUUAAGUGCAAUUCCUCAUUGAGUGUAAUUGCAUCCUUGCAGCUGCAUAAUUUGCAUUUGAAGAGCCUUUUUAAUUUAUGAGCUUUUUAUAGAACUUGUUAAAGCGACACUCGGCAGCCCGUGAUGGCUUUUCCAGAUGUUAGGGCAAGGAGUGGAAGGUGAACUAGAAGGAAUGUCCCAGAACCCAGGCGUGUUACUCGUGCGUACCAUGACACGGAUCUUAAGGUGAAACUCUCCCCAUAAAUGUAUCUUUUCAAAAUAUAAAAUCCACUUCCUUUUAUUUUUAUUUUUUAAAGUUGUCUGUAAAUAGAUGUUUCCUUUACAGACAACAGUGGCUUGCGCUCAUCUGGAUUUUGAUGUUGAUUACAAUGCACUUUAAUACUAGAACCUUUUGAUGGCACUUAAAAUAUGUAUAUUAAUUAAUAUAGUUAAUGGGAGGCCUCUUUACUUGCCUCUGGUUAUUGAAAACAACAGAUACACACAGAUGGGGAGUUUGAGAUCGCCACACACACAUCGAUGUGACGAAUCACCGACAUUCUGAACAUUCCAAGUCCUGAUCUCGCCUUUAACUGACGCUGCGUUUUCCUCAUUCCUCAUUUUUUUGUUCAAUUGCUGUUUUCCUACAUUUCAAAGCGCAUUUCUGGCUUCGGGCUAAACAGCGGACGUUUGCGUUGCUGUUGGGCCACAGGUGGAAGAUGCAGAUUCUGUCGGGUUGUUGGUAAAAGGACCGAUGUAAUAAAGUAGUGGCACAUCUGUCCUUGACUUCUAGGGAUGUUUUCUCUUUUUUCCGAAUGCUGUCCUCCUUUAGAUCUUUGAGAUGUGACUCACGCGUGGGAGUCUUGGUGGCGUGUUUGUCGAACCUGCCCUCAUGAUGCCUCAGAGUGACUGUACUGCACACACACACACACACACACACACCUUCUGCCGCCGUUAGAGCUGAACACGCUGGGACACGUACGACGUAACCUUUCAGCAAAAGCAAAACAACUCUUGUGUAUCAGAAAGGAGACAAAUGAUGCAUGUAGUGCUCAGUGUGGCAUGUGAGACGUUCACAUUAUUAUUUCUCAUACUGAGAAACUACACCAGCUGAACUGUAGUGGUUGUGUGUUGCGUUCACGUCGCUCAGCUUUGAGUUUCCUUCCCAUGAGGGAGAACACCAGAGAUCUGAUAAGUGUUUUUUU